AUGAACAACUUAAACGCCAACAACAUUCAAUUCACCAUCAGACAAUCAAUCGCUUUCGCUAAGAACUGGGCACCAACCGCUGUCGUUUGGGGUGCAACUGGUACCAUGGCACUUCUCUACACAGUUCAACCACGUGUUAUCUUCAAGCACUUGCCAAUCGUCGGUGACAACUACUUGACCGCCAAGGAUUUGCAAGCUAAGCCAACUGAAGAAUAA